AUGAUUCACAUAUCACAGCGAUGGGAGUGUGUAUGCAGUACUCUAGAUGCAUACAUGCAUAGUAGAAAAUUAGUAAGGGCAGUAAUAAUGCCAAGACUCCACUAUCGAAGGGCUCGGAGGAAAGCAGCCCCAACCCUUACUCCGAUUCCUCUUGCAAGCGAAUCGGCGUCCUUGGUUCCUCCGCGCGCGGCCACUCUGAAGCCACCGACCGAGAAGACGUGGUCGCUACUCUACCUAACUACCUACCUCCACCACCAGAUCAAUACCUAUCACUACUAG